AUGGCGUUGAAUACUGAUAAUUCUUCUCCAGGUAGUAAUGAAGCAGCACGUCCUAUAUCGUUCUCUGCUAGCAACCCGUCUGCUCCAUCUUCGGCUAAUCAAUCUGCCUUUUCAUUUGGUUCUUCACCGAUAUCCACCUCUUUAUUUGCCUCAUCGAUCAAUACUUCUCCUGCAUCUGGCUUUCCCGAGACCAAUACUGCACCUUCCACUACCUCAAAUGUUUUCAAUUGCAAUCCUUUUCGUUGUCAGAAUACCCCGGCACCUUCCUCCACCUCCGCCAAUGCUAAUGCCAAUGCCAAAUAUGCCUUUCAUUUCCCACCGACCACUGCCUCACCAUCAAGUCCUCUGUUUGGCAUAACCAACCCCACACCAGCAUCUUUCCCAGCUACGACAAUGUCACCAUCUAGCAGUCUCUUUGGCUUAACCAACCCCGCUCCAGCAUCGUUCCUAGCUACCACAACCUCACCGUCGAGCAGUGUCUUUGGUGUAACCAAACCCGCUCCAGGAUUUUUCCCAGCUACCACAGCCUCGACGUCGAGCAGUCUCUUUGGCGGAACCAACUCUACUCCUGCAUCUUUCCCAACUACCACAGUUUCAACAUCAAGCAGUCUGUUUGGGCUAACCAACCCCACUCCAGCAUCUUUCCCAGCUACCACAGCCUCACCGUUGAGUAGUCUCUUUGGCAUAACCAACCCCACUCCAGCAUCGUUCCCAGCUACCACAGCCUCACCAUGGAGCAGUCUGUUUGGCGGAACCAACCCCAAUCCAUCAUCGUUCCCAGCUACCACAGCCUCAAUGUCGAGCAGUCUCUUUCGUGGAACCAACUCCACUCCCGCAUCUUUUCAAUUGACCGCAGUUUCACCAUCGAGCAGUGUGUUUGGUGUAACCAACCCCAAUCCAGCAUCAUUCCUAGCUACCACAGUCUCACCAUUGGGCAGUCUGUUUGGCGUUACUAACCCCCCUCCAGCAUUGUUCCUAGCUAUCACAACCUUACCAUGGAGCAGUCUCUUUGGAAAUGUGCAAUCUGAACCUGCUUCUUCAAGCACAUUCACUUCUAGUAUUGAUAACAUUGACACCAGAACACAAGCACCUUCAUUUACUGCACCACUCGUCUGCAGCCCUGCUCCUAAGUUUGGGGAUGGCUUCCUUCAUUUUUCCAAGUCUGCAAAUGCCUUCUCCAGAUAUUCUCCUGCGCCUGCACCACUUAUCAAUCACUCAACCACUCCAGUAAACAAUUUCUCUAAUUUUCCGGCCUCAACCCAAAGACUUGGACCUGUUCCAUGUGCUCCUUCAACUAUGUUUGGUAAGCAUUCCGGAAGUUGCUUAGGACCCUACUCUCAAACACGUGAGGCAGGGUCUAAUGAGUUCCUCGUCUCAAUAUCAGCCUCCCCUGUAUAUGAAAACAAAAGCCAUGAAGAAUUAAGGUUGGAGGAUUACAAAUUGCAAGGAAAGACCAAAAAUGUGCGGCAAAAGCGUUUCAUGCAAAAUGCCGAAUCAGCUGAGUUGGGUCAGGCACCAUGGGCUCUUCCAGUUUUACUACUUCCAGCGAUGCCGUUCUUCAAUUUUAGUGGUUCUAGUGCCACCCCAGCUGGAACUCAAGCUGGAGGAUCAUCACUUGCUUCAGAUUAUGGACCGACAGCAACCUUUAUGAAUAGUCCAGCUUUUGGACAAAGUUCCUCUGUGCCUGCUUCUAUCCUGCCCAUUAUACCAGGGGUUCUUCCACUGUGUGAGAUGUUUCAUCGACAAUAA